AUGCAAUUUGUAGCCAGUGGCGACACAAAAAUUUGCCAAAAUACCGAAACGCGGAAAGUACUGAAUGGAAAAGCAAAGUUCAAAAAGGGCAAUAUUAAUUACUAUUCCACGUGGCACUGUGCCUGUGUGGCGCAAAGGCGCGUCUUUUUGAAUAUUCGCUUCGUUAUUGACACCUGUCCAUGCUACCAAUCAACUUUGGUGCAUGACAUCGAAAAACUUAAAAUCAACCUCCCAUGGUGGGAGGAUCUGCAUGGCUGGUGGAGGGAGAUACCCUCCAUCAACAUACUGGCCAUCUCAUCAUCCCCAGGUCAUGACCAUAGCAAGGAGGCCUCCGAAAUUUUCUCUAGAUCUGGCCGAUCUAGAGAUAUCUCUCCAAAUUGCCAGCCAUUGCCAGCUGAGGCCCCGACUCAUCAGCCCUCACCAGCCGAAACCCCUCCUUCACUACCACCUCCUCGUACAGACCCUCCUCCAGCAUCUACUUGUACGGACCCCAUAGUGCCUGCUCUUGACCAGAACGUGCUGCAGUCUAUGCAACAUCUACAUGCUGCCUUGGAGGCGCAUCCGGGAUAUGUGCGCAGCCCUGCUAGCACAACUCUACAACAACUGCUGAACCAGAUCCCCCCUCCCUCUGUAACGGACAAUUUCUCGCUUGAUACGCCAAGCCUUGAGGAGGACUCAGAACCACACAGUGUUGGGUCUGUGUCCAGGACCAGGGGUGUGAGUCGUGCUCGCAGCCCAACAUUUAGCCCCCCUCAAGGACGCGGCACCUCCCCCCCAUUCUUCUCAUCCGCACAUUCAUCUCAAGCCUCCCUGUAUGCUGUCUCCCCUGCUUUACAGGAGGGGGGAUGGCGAUCGUUUUACCAGUCUAGUGCUGGCUCAGAUUCUGACACCACCGGCUUCUCAUCCUUCCCCCCUGGUCCAUCUGGCUCUACAUCGUCAGCAUUCACCCCCCCCACCCAGAAGACUUCUAGCAAGCGCGGUUGUGAAUCAGUGCACGCCAAGGCACUUAAAGAGGCCAACAGCCAGCUCCUUGUGCUCCUCAAAGGCAGCAAUGUCAUCAAACGCCAGAAGCUCGACCCCCGGCGUUUGGGGAUGAGGCUGUUCAUCACUCCCCCCCAUGGAUAA